AUGGCUGGUGCAGAACCAGAACCGUACGCCGGAGUCGACAUGGUGCAUGGUGCCAUCGCUGUCAAGGAGCAGUUCCAGCUCUUCGAUGACAACGAGACCGGCACAAUUGGCAAGGAGGACCUCAGAUCCUUGAUUCAGAAUCUGGGGCACUUCGAUCCCGACGAAAUCGACAGGAUCUUGAAUAUAGCCGUCGGAGACGAUGGCAAUGAGAUCAUGUACGAGUCGUUCAUCGACUGGGCAUUCAACAGUGCCAAGGUCAUCGAGCACCGGAAGGAUCGACUACGCAAUGUGAAGUUGUUCCAGAAUUUCGGAGAGCUCGAAAUAGAGGAAUGCGCCAAAGUCCUGGAGCUCGUCACCUACGCGGCUGGCCAGGACAUCAUCACGCAAGGUGAUGAAGGCUUCGACUGUUUCAUCGUCGAUGCAGGGGAGUGCUUCGCAAAGAUCCAGAUCAGCGGCAAGUGGAAGGAGGUAGUCCGAUACGAGCCGGGAGGAUUCUUUGGUGAGCGAGCUCUACUCAGGAAAGAGCCGAGAGCAGCCACGGUGACAGCGCGCACGGAUGUGAAGCUUCUCCGGCUCAGCCGCGAGGAGUUUGUGUCCAUGAUCGCGGAACGAGAUCACAAGGAAAACCUCAUCCGCAAGAUCAAGGAAUUCGACACCUUCAACGACUUGCAGGUGGCAACACUUGCAGGAGCGUUCGAAAGAAGAUGGUUUGAGGACAACGAGACCAUCUUCAAACAAGGUGACGAAGGUCACCACUUCUACCUCUUAGAGGACGGGGAGUGUGUAGCCACGGAGAAUGACCUCGAGGGGAAUGAGCACGAGGUGAGGCGCUACCAACAUGGCGAGCUCUUUGGAGAGAAGGCCAUGACGGAGACAUCGCCACGGCCAGCUACUGUGAGGGCUGUGGGCACCGUGAAGGUCCUGCAGGUGAGCAGAGAGGACUUCGAGAAGAAAUUGGGCCCGCUCGUUGAGCUUAAGGCUCAAGCAUACAAGUCAGACCCGCGGAAGCUCAUCGCCGACUUUUACCAAGCCGGGGAUUCAGCAGGCCCUGGGGGCAGCAGGGUCGAGGGCUCUGCGGAGACUGACGUCGAAAGCAGGUGGUUCGUGGUUUAUAGACCCUGCAGCCGCGAUUCCAUCGCCAAAAUGCUUGGCAAGGUGGGCGUGGGGAAGGGCUUGAACGUGAAAGGCAAGUCCGCCAAGAAGAAUCGGUUAUCUGGCUUCGUGCCGUUCAUUCAGAUCAGCGACAAUAGGCACAAAUGGGAUGUGGAGGAGUCUCCGAAAGAUACGCGAACCAAGAUCUUCUACAGGAGCAAGGCAGCCCGUGAGCAGGCAUAUGGCUCCCUGACGAAGGUCAUCAAGGAGGCCAAGCUUCUGAGAAUGGAUGAUCCGAACAUCAAGGUCAUCACAGACUACGAGCCGAUUACAUUCGGGCUCGAUGUGCCCGAACCUUUAAUGAGGGAGGCUUACAUCAUGAAGCCCGAUCUGUCGCCCAUGGUAGGCUGGGAGACCGGCAGGCAAUCUGAGCCUGCGUUUAUGGAUAUGAAUUUGCAUGCAGUGCGCGGAGAUACCAGCCCAGAAGUCGUGCUUUACCAGUACGACCUUGCGGACCCGAUGAACCCGUUGGGGCUGCUUGUGGCCUAUGCGGAAGCGCAUGUGCUACCGGUCGUCAGCGACUUCGACACAUUCCUGGUUGGCAGCACCAAUGUAGCCUAUGAUCCCUUGCCGCCGAAGCAGCAGGAGAUGUUCCAGUGGUGCCUGGAGCACACGGCGGAUAUUAUCGGACUCCCAGCCUCGAAGGGCUGGACGUCACGGUGGCUGGAGGUCUUGAAAGAAGAAGCCAGAAAGAAAGGUUUUCACCCGGAAAUUCCAAAGUUGGGUUUUGGUGACGACACCUCUGUUCGGCUCAUCGGCGAUGUGGUGAAAGUGACGGCCUCAUGUGGAGCCAUCCGACAUGGUGCGGAGUGCUUCAAUUUCUACUUCCCGCAGGAGCUGGAUGAUGAGUUCCUGGUCAUCUGGGACGGCUAUCAGGAUCCGCCUUGGCGACCGCUGAAAGAGGCUGAGCUGAGGAAGUUCCUGAUGGAGCGUGCCGAUGAGGGCUAUUGUUUUCCGCUGAAUCCGGUCUGGCCAAUUCGCGACCAGGGCUGGUACGAGGUGCUGGACACUCUUCGCAAGAGACAAGACCCCCAGAUCGUCCAAAAUCUCCAAGGAUGGUUUUCGGAGGAGGCAUUCAAGCGAAUUGAUGAAAUUCACCUGGAGUUCCCAGAUGGCUUCUCCGCGUCGGCCAUGAAGCGGGCCGGCUCGACCGUCGCCAACUUGCAGGACUUCACGGGCGAAGAGAUGGCAGAUUUCGCACGGGAGGAGGUUCGCAAAGUGGUCAAAGCACGCUGGAAGAGGAUUCGGGAAUCUCUUUUGAUGCUGGCGAGAAUCAUGGCGGAAAUGGACGACGAAGAGCAUGCGAAGAUGUUGGGUGGCGAUGGCACCUGA